UUCCCCUCCCUCCCCUCGCCGCCGCCGGAGGAUGCUGGUGGGCGAAGCCCUCGUCGGUGGACGGCGGCGGCGGGGCCCUUGUUCGCGUGCUCGCGCGCUGGAGCGGUGGGAACGUGCUCGCGCGCUGGAGCAGUGGGAGCGUGUGGUGGCGCGUCGGAAAGCUGUCCGCGUGCACGAGAGCUCGAGAUGGCGCGGUGCGUGUGCGCGGAGGCGCUGCUACGGCGACUGCCGGCCGCUGCAGCGAGCGACAGAGCUGGGGGCGCCCAGAUCUGGGCCGCGCAGGCCCGCCUUGGCCCGAGUCAACCACUCUGCCCCCACCCACCCUUCUCCCUCCUCCCACCCCUCCCAGCCGCUGCCGGUGGUUGCCGCUGGGUUGUGCACGCACGCGGUGACCCUGACGGUUGCUGCGAUGCUGUGCCACGGUGAAUCCCGGCGGCGGAGGCUGCGGGCCGGCGUGGUGCAGGUGAUCGUUGUCGCCUGCUGGACGCGCUCCCGGUGGUGGCCGGCCUGCUCGCGCUGCGCUGGCCGGUGCCCAAACCCGCGACUACCGACGUUCCUAGGCUUCCCGCUCCAUGUGCUUCCGUCUUCUCCAACGUUCUUCGUCAUGUCCGGUCUGCAUCUGCAUCUGAGGUCCUUGCUCAUGGGUCGGGGCAAAAUCCCCGCGCAGCGUCGGCCUGCGCUGUGA